AUGGAGGAUUUCCUCGCAGAUGUCGAGGCGUACCGGCUCGAGCGCGAGUCGGCGCAACGACAAAUAACAAACGCAAUCCGGGACGCUCCCGAGCCCGGUCCAGGGUAUCCGUCUCAUGAUGACCUCACAAAAGCCUCACGCCUGAUGGGUAUUCUAAGACCGAUAGAAGACGACAUCAAGACCAGAGCAAAGGUCACAGAAACAGCUGAUCUGAUAGCGGCACACGAGCGAGCACUCAGCGAACAGAAAAGUUCGCAGGAGAGUGAACUCACAAUCGCACUCGAAGAGCAGAAGCGGCAAUCUGACGAAGAGCAAGACAGCGCUCUUCAGACACAGAAACAGCAGCUCGAGAUCGAACUUGACAACGCGCUUCAGAAACAGCAAGCGCAGUUUGAGCAGAUUCAGAAUGAGCUGCAAGAGGACAAAGAAGUUGCAACAUCUACCUUCAGAAGAGAGGUAGAAAGCAAAGAUGCCAUCCUGCAGCAGUUGCUCGAUAGGAUCACGAGAGCUAGCCAGUCUUCCAGCAUCGAGCUACCAGAAGACAUCGGGCUCAGCAAGGUAGAGCAGACCGCUCUCCAAGGGAAGCUAACAGCCUCCAGAAGUUACCGAGCCGUUUUUGAGGAGUUGCGGUGUCGUCUUAACAUUCCCCUAGGACAGUUGCCAUCGUUUGAGGAGCUUCUUUCUCAAGAGCACAACGAUGAAGUUACGUCACUUCUCACGAGCCAGAUGGACAGCACAGUCCAAGCCUGUAACAAUACAGUCGGCGCAGAGCAGCGCCGCACUACCAAUGUUCGAUGCGCAUCGCUCAUCUCAGAGAUAAACGUCACAGAGCAGGUCAGCAGCACCUCCAGAGACAUGAGAGGGCAGGUAAAAGCGAACGACACGUUGUCGGCCGAGGUCGCCACAAGGUUAGAGGCGUGCUUGGUCGCGAAAGACCAACACAUUGGUGCCCUUACAAAGCGUCUCAGAUUGCAGACGCAGGUGCUGGACCAGAGACACGUCCUACUAGAGCAGCUAGCAGAUGCAGCUGCAAGAUCAGCAGGGUAG